CCUGCCUUGCUGCUGCUGCUGCUGCUGUCGGUCAUAGAUGGUCUACGGUGUAAGAGGCAGUCAAUUCGAUCCAUAACGUCAUUUACUACGAGACGAUAAAGAAACAAACAAUUUGCGCAACUCCGCCGACAAACAUGUGAUUUGUUCCGAACGACAAAAUCUCGGAUUUAAGCAAUAAAUCGCUUAUUUUGGUAGCAGGAAUCAGCCGAUCCAACCGAUAAGGCACCACACAAACCGGAUGACGCCCGUCUAGCCGGGAGCAUUGACGUGUUGUGUGGUCGCUACGGUAGCGAAGGAUACUGAUUGCGAUAAUAGGGAGAAUGGUUCCUGCCGAUCAACUAUUGCCGCGUGUGCUACAUCAUAACAGUUUGAGCGUUUGAGCUGAAACGGUCACAAGUUGCGCGCCACAGGGCUCUUAAUCUGAAACACGUGGUAUCCAGUACAAUGAAGACGAUCUUUUACGCCGCGCUGGUGGUCUUCGGGGUGAUGCAGCAACUGCACGGUACAAAUGCAGGGCGCUGUGAUGGAUUGCCCGGUGGAUCGUUGCUGCGGUACGAUGAUCCGGCACAGUGUAAUCGCUUCUACGCCUGCCAGCACGAAACAGACCACGAGUGGUACUGUCCACCAGGAGAAUUUUUCAACCAACGCAACCAACAAUGCGAAACUAGCUGCAACACGGCAGACGCAAAUAAUUGGUGUAUCGGAUUGCCGGAUAUGUUCAUCCGCGUGCCACCGACUGAGCCAGCGGAUUGCAACAAGUAUUACACCUGCUUUGGAGGUCAAAUGUUCCCCAAUACCUGCCCGGGAGGAUUACUAUUUUCUCAACUUCGGCAAGCCUGCGCUUCAUUUCCGGAUGAGUGUUAAAUAAGGGAUGUUCUCUUUUUCAAAUAAACGAUUCUUCAACGUGAAGAUACAACAUCUACGUGAAGAUACAUGUAUCAGUAAUGGAACACUUUUUUCAUUGAUGACUAAUUGUAGAAAUAU